AUGGAUAGGAUCAGUAGUUUACCAAAUCAGAUUAUUUGUCACAUUGUGUCCUUCCUUUCUGCAAAGGAAGCUGCUUUCAUAACGGUUCUCUCCAAGAGGUUUCUUAAUCUCUACAGUAUCAUAUCAAAUCUUGUGUUUGAUGAAAGCGCUACAAUUCAAGGGAGUUUUACCGAUUUCUUGAAUGGAGUUUUGGCUUUGCCAGCCAGUUCUCGCAUCAGAAAAUUCUCUCUUAAAUGUUGCAAUGGAAUUGAGCUAGCUCAGUAUGAUCAUGUCAACCGUUGUCUGUGUGCUGUCCUGAAGCAUGGUGUCUUGGAUCUUGAACUUUACAUGCAUGUUGGGAAUCGAUAUUCACUUCCCUUUGAGGUUUUCACUUGCAAGACAAUUUUUAAGCUGAAACUGGGGAGUGUUUAUGGGAGUCGUUUUGCUGUUGUUGUUCUCCCUGAGAAUGCUUCUCUACCAGCACUUGAGACCCUCAUUAUUGACUCAGUUCGAUUCAGAGAUCGUUGUGGUUGUGCGUUUGAAAAGCUUCUUUCUGCUUGCCAUGUGCUUAAGGAAUUAAUCAUAGAAGAGAGUAUGGAAUGGAAACGUUGGAAGUGGUCUCGCAACAUUUCUAAUCCAACCCUUCAAAGACUCACUAUUCAUUGUGGAGAUAUCCUUGAGUCUGGUUUGACGGGAAUAACUUUAAAUACUCCAAGUCUUACCUAUUUCAAGUGCUAUGAUGUUGUUCAGGAUGAGUAUCCAGUUGUUAACCUCGACUCCCUUGUCGAAGCCGAGUUGUAUUUUAUGUUGACGGUAGAUCACACCCACGAUGGAUAUGUACGUGAGGACGAUGUUAUUUCUAGCAAUCCAACAAAUCUGAUCAAGGGGUUAAGAAAUGUUCAUAAUGGACUUAAUAUCUUUUGA